CUUGCCUGUUACCGCCUCUGUCCCUUGGUAGUAGUUUGUGUCAUUCUGGAACUCCAAUACUGUUCGCUGAGAGAGAAAUUCAGAAACUUCCCACCUGCAGCUUUUGCCACCUCGAUAGGUACUCUUCACCUGCAUCGUGCCAAUCUGAAAAACUUAAAUACGGAAUAUUUCUGAAGCUCCCCCUGGAAUAAUAUUUUCUUUUACAGACUUCUUUUCUGUUAGUCUGCUACUUAAUAUUUCUAAUUAUCGAUCACUGAACUCUGUGUAAUGAGGUAAAUUUGCCAGAGUCGGUGUGCUGGACUGACAGGAAGAGUGGUUAUCUUGGACCUUACACCGGAGCCUGUACAUCAACACAGUUUUACAAGAGACUUUUCCAGUGAAUACAAAAACACACAUACUGUCACAGAUAUCAACGACAGAAUCCUUGCUGUGCUGCCCAAAGUUUCAGAGUUACGAAAGCAUUUUGAAACGGAUAUCACAAGUGAUAAUAAAAUGAAAAGAAAAGAGAGGAUUGCACGAAGGCUGGAGGGUAUAGAAACAGAUGUGCCAUCUGCCCUGGCUACAAGCAUGCAAUACACACCUGGCUUGGUGACCAAUCGGCUACUGGAGGAGGACACACCACGUUAUACACGUGCUUCAGACUCUAUUGAGCCAGUGAGGUGCUACAGUCGUGAUGAGUUGGAUAACACAGAGAGGCAAUCAAGGACACAAACGCGGCCCAAUCCGCAAUUUCCUGUGCAUCCUGAUCAGGCUUCCAACCCUGAAAGCCAAGACCUGACCAGCCUCAGCUCCAAAGCUGAACGAAUAGCUCGCUACAAAGCCGAACGCCGGCGGCAGUUAUCAGAACGUUAUGGGAUACUCCUUGACCAGGAGCCAGAUGUAGAUUAUACACCACGACACACACGAGCCUGCAGAGGGUCACUGGAUAAACAAGCUUUGCCUGAUGGAGGGCAUGGUCAGAAACGAGAACAGUGGAGAGAGGAAGAGGAGUGUGACAGUAACGCCAACAGGUUAAGAUACAGCAGCUCAGGUGUGGGCCGGGUUUCCAUGCCCACUGAUGAUUCUGCCUCUCGCUCACACCGGGAAAGACGAAACACUUUCAGUUCUCGAGACAAGAGAUUGGAUCCCGAGCAAGAGAGCAAAAGGGUCAACCUGAAGAACUACCAGGGAAUACCAGACAGCAGCCCGCGAUCAUGCCCACAAGAAGCUCCACCCACUGUGGAAAAAGGGCCACCCCAACAGGCCAGAGGUGUUGCUGCAGUGCCUAGCUCCCCCCGGGCAGCACGCCGUGCCUCGUUGCCCUCCACACGCCAUGGAAUCUCCCCAGGAGACCUGUUCAUUGAGCAGCAGUCACAAUACAUCCUCAGUCGACAAGGUGAGUGGUCUCUUCAGAAAGACUUGGAUGGUGAAACAAACUCGCAUAUCAUCUGGCCCUCCAGAAUACGAGGGCGAGAGAGACGGGCAAGGGAAGAGAGCUUAGGACGGGCAUCUGAUUCAGGAUCAGAUGCAUCCUCGGUUCGACGUCUCCCUGUCGAUACUUCAUCACAUUUAGCCCCUCACUCUGAAGCUACAUUCCACCUACAAACAUGGACUGCCCAGCCCCUAGGCCAACAGCAGAAUUUGAAUACAGAAUCUUCACAUUACUAUCGAGCACACAGUGCCGAACCACCACGCGCACAGAGUACAGAAUCAACUCACCAUCACUGUUUACUCUCAGCUGAACCUCAGUGUGCACCAACUGUAGAGCCUCUAAACUGUGAUCAGAGGCUUCCAAACACUUUGAGUUGCCAGCCAGAUUAUGCACAACUUUCACUCUAUUACAGGGACAUCCAACAGCCGAAUCAAAUAUGUAGAAUUCCCCCACAGACUCAUUCUACAGAUGGAGAUUGUCAUCAAUUGUAUCCUGAGACUAGAAAUGCCCAAAAACCUGAAUUAAAACGUAUACACACCCAUCAACCAAUGCUUGUGGGCAAUGCUUCUCACCACCAACCUCUGCUAUGUAAGGUUGGACAUGCGUCUCCAUCAUUUGGACAGACUCGGCAAAUUGUUUCUGGACACAGUCAUGGGCAGCCUCUACCUUAUGGUCCCAUUGAAGAUCUGCAUCCUGUCUACAGCCAUACUCCAAACCAUGGUCCUUCCUACUGGCCUAGCCAGCAACCUGCUCCGUUGAAUGGAAAUAUUGCAGGUUCUUCACCCAGGCCUACUAAAAAACAUGGGCCUCCAGAUCCUCAGGGCCAUGCAGACAUGCCUAGGUUGACACCAAUUGGUAGGGAGGGUGUAGAAUCCAGGCGAAGGGCCAGUGCUGAUCAUAUUCCACUUUUCCAAAGAGAGGGUAGAUCAGCUUCUAGGGCUGAUCCACCAUCAGAAUGCUUGCUGAAGAGCAGAAAAGCUGUGUUGCCUUCUGAAAUCCGCCGCCGGGAGAGAAGUGUAGAUGACCCCAUGCAGAGACACACUGAGGAAGUUUUGGAGGGUAGGAGAAGCAGGAGAAUCAGCAAAUCAGAAGAGGUUGAGCAAAUAGGUGGAGUGAGUAUUAGCCAGUUAAAUGAGGGGGCAGAUAAAGGCAGAAGCAGGGCUGUUAGCAACUUUGAGAUGAAAGAAGGGCAUGAUGAAAAAAGAGUCAGCCCAUUAGGGGAGGAAGGAAGUAAAGAAGAUACCGGGACCAGCUAUGUGCAGAACAGAGCAGGCCAAGGUGAUGGGAAAGUUAGUGAGCCUCAAGAAAGAGCAAGACUGGGCAGCAAAAAGAGAAUUCAAGGAGAAAGAGUUGGGUGUGAAAAGAUAGAAGGGAAAGAGAGGUGGGAUGAUGGUCAAAUAAGCAGGUUAGGUCAAGUUCAGCAUCAUGGUGAAGGACAAUUGUAUGGGAUUAUAGAGAAGUCAGUGGAACAGUUACAGAACUUUAAACACAUUGAAGAUCCAUCAAGGCGGGUUGAAAACUGGGUCAGCAGAGCAGAUGUUCCACAAGGCCUUGACAAAAGGCUUUCUCAUUUUGAGAUAAAAGAUGGACAAAGUGGAGGGAGAAUUGCAUUGUUUGAUAUGGUGGACCUGAACAAAAACAGGAACUCAAAGGUUGAUGUAGAAAAUGGUGAAGGUCAAAAGAGGAUCCAGAAAGAUAUGUUAGAAAUGCAAUGCAGACAAAGGAGGAUCAGCCACUCAGCGGAAGGUGAGGAACAUUUCGGACACAGAAGGCUAAGUCAAUCUGAAGAUGAUUGGAAAGGACGUCGGGUGCGUAGGAUCAGCCAGUCAGGUAAUUGGGAUGGCCAAGAUCAAAUUGGGCAAGCAGGUGGUCAAAUGGAAGGAGAUAGACAUAAGAAGAAAAAUCGGGACAUGCCAGAAGCUAUGGAUACCACACCAACACAACAGGGGGGCGAUGACCCAUCUUUGCACCAUAGACUGGAUGAAGCAGGCAGUUACUUACAGAGUGGUUCUUCCCUUCCUCAGGCCCGCCACAGAAGAAGCAGGGAUGAACUCAAGCCAAAAAUACGGACUCGCUCUAUGUCAGAUAUUGGAGUGUCUCAGCGUUCUGCAGCAAUUCGUUGUCUUGAGCGUGCUGCAAGUCGAGAAUCUAUAAUGGCAGCAGGGAUGGGACAGAAUGCCAGGGACACAGGAACCACCAAUGGUGAAGUAGGGGCUUUGGAUACAAGAGUUUCUGUGGCAAAACUCAGGCAUUCCUAUCUGGAGAAUGCCUCAGGACGCAGGCCUGAAUUAAGCGAGUCUAAGAUAGACACAGCUGCUAUAGAGGCUGAUCCAGCAGAGGUUGUUGACCAAGAAAAGGGGCAACGCCGACCUAGACGGUAUAUCAACCCUGGUGAUGAUCGCAAGGCCUCUGAAAGGUUCAGAACUCAGCCAGUCACAUCAGCUGAAAGGCUACAGUCUGAUAGGUCUCUGGAGCUACAUAAGGCAGAAGUAGAUGAAGAGAAGUUAGACGAGCGAGCAAAGAUGAGUGUAGCAGCCAAGAGGUCCCUCUUCAGGGAGCUUGAGAAGACUGCAGAAAGUGGUGUUCCCAAACCUCGGUCCCGUAAUGUAGCAGUGGAGCGGAGACUCCGGCGCACGCAGGACCGCUCCAGAACCCAGCCUGUUACCACAGAGGAAGUGGUCAUCGCUACGUCUUCUCCUGGUCCCCCAACCCAAAUCGCCACUGUUCAAACCACAACCCCCAGGUUUCCCAGUCCCACAGUUGUCAGCACCACAAUGACUAACUUCAGCAUGCAGACUCCCUCAGCCCCCGACUCUGCUCUAAAGGAGAAGGAACAGGAGGUGCCACCUGGAGAAGUGGGGACUGAGGAGCCUGACCUGUCAACACUGAGCCUGGUAGAGAAAAUGGCUCUGUUUAACCGCCUGUCCCAUCCUCCUGCCCAAAAUGCAGAGGGUGCAUGUGCAGAUUCGCGCCCACGCAGGCGAAAUGCCCGGUUCCAAACCCAGCCCAUCACCCAAGGGGAAGUAAAUCAGGAUCUAAUGCAGGCUGUAGAUCCAUCAGAUCACACAGAUCGUAUUCCCAUGCCUGAUGGGUUUGUAGUACAACCCCAUGGUGAUCAACUGCAGAAUGGAGGUCUGAAGUUGGAGCCUCUCUCUGCAUCGUUGGUCCGUUCUGUUGCUGCGGUCACCGCCCAGGCUUCUGUUGCCAUGGUGACAAGCCUAUCCAUGGCGAUCCCUGCAGAUGCUCACACAGAGACAUGCCCAGCCCUUUCUCACACUCCUACUCCAGCAGCACCGCCCAAUCUACUUUCGCCCAAUCAGUCACCACACGAUAAGCUUCGAUCUUAUGACAGAGGUGUUCGAUAUUUCAGCCUGACCGAGAGUGGGGAAAACUGCGCCCCUGAAACAUGCUCUCCGCCCCCACCAGAGGGGCCGAUCCAACCAGCGCAAGGCAAGGGCUUGGCUGUUAGGGUAUCAGCCAAUGAGCAGAAACAAGAGGAGGUCCAUGGGUGUAGACUUGGUUUGGCAGAAAGCGGAGAUCCCAAACCCCCUCAUGUGUUUAAUCAGCUCGCGCAUACACACUCUACUACACACACACUCUUGCACACUCAUGGAGAGAGGGAGGCGGGGCUGAUCAGCCAGAAGGAAAGAGAGCAAGAGAGAGAGCAUGACAGAGUGAGGCAGCAAGACUGGGAGAGAGAGAAAGACAAGAUCCAUGUCUCACAAGGUUACCUCUCGCCAGACGCUGUUCAGACAGAGCACAGCACAGUUGUUGCCUCAGGUGCUCCUGAGACUGUUCCCUCAGUGUGUUCCGUGACCACUGCAGUUGCUUCCUUCCAAACCUCUUCACGCACAUCGACUGCUGCUUCGCACACACUCACAUACCUGCAGCACAGUCCUCCUUGCACUCUGCCUAAACCCCAGCCGAAGACAGUUCAGCCACACUUCCAAAGCUCUUCUCACAGUUCCCCUCAAACCUCACCUCAGACUCAUUCAAAACCCCUGUCAUACCUCCAGUCUCCUCCACCACCAGAAGCACAAAUCUACCCAGAAUCCCCUGGACAAUUACAAACCAAAGUAUCCCCUCAGACAAUCAACCCCACUCAGUCUUAUUCCUACACCACUCCACAGACUAAGGUCCCACCUCAGACGCAACCUAAGCCCCAGUACAUUGUACCGAAUCAAUCCCAGUCUUCUCCUGUGGCCCACGAAGAACCGGAGACAAUGACGUCAAUGUCCAUUAAGGAAAGGUUAGCCUUGUUAAAAAAGAGUGGGGAGGAAGAUUGGAAGAACAGGAUGAACAAGAAGCAAGAAGUUGUGCAUGAAGUGGCAUCAAUGAGCAACCAAAUAUGGGAGGAACAAGGCUUUAAGAAGAAGGAAGAAAGGGCUGUUAUUGAGGAGUUUGCCUCAUCUGAGCAGGUUUGGGAGCCUGUUUUUGCUUCCACCUAUUCCCCUCCUCCUUUCCAUUCCACCCAAAAAUGUCAGCCUGUAGACCAUCCGUUCCAGAGGCUGGGAGAAGGAGUAGAGGGACAGAUGUCCAUUGAAGAACGGAAGCAGAUGAUCUCUACACGAGAGGAGGCAUGGCAAAGCACUGGAAAGGGUGUGGCAAAUGACUCUGGCCAGUACACUGUGGCUGCUCGGAUGGUGAAGAAAGGUCUGGCUGCUUCUUCUGCAGUGAUCAGUCCCAUUCUGUCUCCAGUCUCUGCAAAGUUAAAGAAUGGUGUUCCAGCUAUCUCCAAACCACAGGAGGAGAUUGAGGUCAAUGUAGAUAUGGAAUCUGACAAGAAACUGGAUAAGCUGGAGACGUUUUUGGGACGUUUGAACAGUAAAGUGACUAGUUUGCAGGAGACAACUCUGACGGUGACUGAGAAGGCUGUGAAAGAAGUAAUGAGACUGGACGAUGAAAUUUUCUCAAAGUUCUAUCGACGUGUGGCAGACAUCCCACGCAGCAUGCCAAUUGAUGAUGACUUUGAUGCCAUAUUUGGAAAACAUACACCAAAGCUGGCAUCAGCAAUGGUGCACCACAAGAGGGCAAUACGUCCUUCACGUAACGUUCAGGCGUCACGUAACCCACUGAAGAUUCUGGCAGCGCGAGAGGACAUCAGACAUGAGUACACCGAACAGAGACUCAACAUCGGUAUUCUGGAAAGCAAGAGGAUUAAACAGGAGAAAAUGAGUAAGAGCUCCAGUAUAUCAGAUGCUGCUCUGGCUGGUUUGGCUAGCAAGGAGAACUAUAGCAGUGUGAGUUUACGCAGCAUCAGCGUGUCUGAGCAGGUGACCAACAACAGUGCUGCUCCCUACAAAAAUCUCAUGCUCAUGCAAGUCAAAGGUCGCAGACAUGUCCAGACAAGACUAGUGGAGCCGAGGGUCUCGUCUUUGAACAGUGGUGACUGUUUUCUACUGGUUACGCCUGAGCACUGCUUCAUUUGGAUAGGAGAGUUUGCAAAUGUCAUAGAGAGAGCAAAGGCAUCAGAGCUGGCCACUUUUAUCCAGCUGAACCAUGACCUUGGUUGCCGGGCGAUGCAAGUGGAGACCAUUGAGGAAGGGUUGAAGUUUGAAAACCCUGCUGCAGCUGAGUUUUGGAAAAUUCUAGGAGGACCAGCCAACUACCAGCCGGCUGGUACCCCAGAAGAGGACGAGGUUUUUGAGAGCGCAAUCAUAGAAACUAAUUGCAUCUUUCGUCUGGUGGAUGAUAAGCUGCUUCCUGAUGAUGAUUUCUGGGGCAGAGUUCCUCGUUGCUCACUCCUGGGAUCCAAAGAGGUGCUGGUAUUUGAUUUUGGCAGUGAGGUGUAUGUGUGGCAUGGUAAAGAAGUCACUCUGGCACAGAGAAAGGUGGCCUUCCAGCUGGCCAAGCACCUGUGGAACGGCACCUUUGACUACACGAACUGUGACAUCAACCCACUCGACCCAGGAGGAUGCAAUUCACUCAUACCCAGAAAAGGCCAAGGCCGUCCAGACUGGGCGAUAUUCGGCAGAUUGACUGAAAACAAUGAGACAUCUUUGUUCAGAGAGAAGUUUCUGGACUGGAGAGAGACAGCUGACUCUCUACAAAAGAGCGGCAGUGAACAUUCCUUCGAGCAGAAGCUCUCUCAGGGUACACCCUCUCGCUUGGAGUGUGCUGCAUAUGAUGUGGGGCUGAUGCUCCUGGUGCUCCAGUCCCCCAUCAGCAUGGUUCUGGAAGGGCAGGACGUUGGUCGUGGUCAUGGCCCCGUGGAUAGCGGAUGUUCUGAGGACCGCUUGCGCUCUCUGGAGAUUAGCACACUGAGUGUGGAUGUCUGGCACAUCCUGGAAUUCGAUUACAGCCGCCUGCCCAAGCAGAGCAUUGGCCAGUUUCAUGACGGAGAUGCCUAUGUAGUGAAAUGGAAGUAUAUGGUGAGCGCAGCAGUGGGCAGCAGACAGAAACCAGAACAGGUUCGCAGUGCUGGUCCAGGGCGAGAGAAGUGCUGCUAUUUUUUCUGGCAAGGCAGGAACUCUACAGUCAGUGAAAAAGGAACCUCUGCAUUGAUGACCAUUGAGCUGGAUGAGGAGAGAGGGGCACAGGUGCAGGUGCAGCAGGGGAAAGAGCCGCCAUGCUUCCUGCAGUGUUUCAAUGGUGGCAUGAUCGUGCAUUGUGGGAAGAGGGAAGAAGAAGAAGAGAACAUUCAGAGUGAAUGGCGUUUGUACUGCGUUCGUGGUGAGGUGCCAGUAGAGGGCCAUCUGCUGGAGGUAGAGUGUCACUGCAGUAGUCUGCGCUCUCGAACCUCCAUGAUUCUGCUCAACAUUAACAAAGCCCUCAUCUACCUGUGGCAUGGCUGUAAGACACAAACACACACCCGUGAGGUGGCAAGCACUGCUGCCGACAAGAUCAAAGAACAGCGACCACUGGAGGCAGGUCUACACAGCAGUUGCAAUGUGACUAUUCAUGAGUGUGAAGAAGGGGCGGAGCCCAUGGAAUUCUGGGAGGCCUUAGGCAGGAAGGAUCGAAAGGCUUAUGACUGCAUGCUUCAAGAUCCAGGAAAGUUUAACUUCACCCCUCGUCUCUUCCAGUUAAGUAGUUCAUCAGGUGAGUUUGUGGCUCAGGAGUUCUUCUACCCAUCCAGAACUCCAGACUUGGUCAGCGCUUUCCCCUUCCUCCAGGAAGACCUGUACUCUGCACCACAGCCUGCUCUGUUCCUGGUGGAUAACUAUCAUGAGGUGUACCUGUGGCAGGGCUGGUGGCCACAGGACACAGAAACGCCUGGCUCAGCCCGGAUCCGCUGGGAUGCUGACAGGAAAUGCGCCAUGGAGACAGUGCUCCGUUACUGCAAAGAAAAGAAUGAGCAGAAUCCUCAAAAGUCAUAUUUGAUCCAUGCUGGACUGGAGCCUCUUACUUUUACUAACAUGUUCCCCAGCUGGGAGCAUCGUGAGGAUAUCACAGAGGUCAUGGAGCAGGAGGCAGAGAUGUGUAACCAGAUCACCCUGGUGGAGGAUGUUCUUGCUCGUCUUUGCCAAAGCACUUAUCCUCUUGCAGCACUGCAGAGUCGGCCUCUUCCACACGGUGUAGACCCCCUGCGCCUUGAAAUCUACCUGUCAGAUGAGGACUUUGAGAAAGCCCUGGAGAUGAAGAGAGAGGAGUAUGAAGCCUUGCCAGGGUGGAGGCAAGUCAACCUAAAAAAAGCCAAAGGACUCUUUUAAUUGUCUAUCAGUAGUGAUGUUGAUGCUCUGUUUGUCACAGCUAGGGUGCAUUUGGGUGUGCACUUGGGUUGGGCAACCUCAGCUUGUCAUGGAAAUGUUGCCUUCGGGAAUCAGUCACUGACAACAGGGUGAUGUGGGUCAUGCCAAAUGUCACAUUAGGUUUAACAGUGUUUACCUGCUGUGGUGUCUGUUUCUGAUGUUGAUGUGUUUUGUCUACGCACUUUCAGCAGUCACCACUGUGUGUGAUAUCACAUUUAUACGAACUGUGCUGUGCAGUAAGUUUCUGUACCAUCUUUGACAACAGCUGUUCUUUUCUCUUCUUAUUAUUAAAAUAAAGGUAAUCAAGUCUGGUUUCCCUGUCUUCCCAACUUUUCUUGGGAUAGUGCUGUGUGUGCGUGUGUGUGUGAGGAAAAAGUAGCCUAAUUUGUAGCAAGGGAGUGUACUCUCUUCUAAUUUUCAAGUUGCUAUUGUAUGUUCCAUCUGCAAUGGAGUUUACAAGUAUGUAAGUUCCUUUUACUGUGUGAAUGAUCUUUGGCUGUUGUCAGGUGAUCUCUCACAUUAAAGGUCCUGGAGUCAUUGCUUGUGCUUGUUAUAACACUAUGAAAUCUGUGAGGAGAAUUAAAAGCUGAAUUAAUGAAUGAAACACUGUAAAUGUACAGCAUAGUGCCUUGCUUUUGUGUACAGUUUAUAUACAGAAUGGACUCUAGUCUGUAUUUCAGAGACUUACUUUGUGAUAAAGGCAAUGGUAAUAAAGCAUAUUUACACUUA